AUGAGUCGUGCCAACCGGCAGAAGAUCCACCUGGUGAACUAUGUGGAGGAUUACCUAGACUCUAUUGAGUCGAUGCCUUUAGACCUGCAGAGGAACGUCUCUCGGAUGCGGGAGAUCGACGCCCAAUACCAAGAGAUCCUGAAGGAGUUGGAUGGCUACUAUGAAAAGGUCAACCAAGAGACGGACGACACCCAGAAGAGGCAGGUGCUGCACUGCAUCCAGAGGGCUCUGAUCCGUAGCCAGGAGCUGGGCGAUGAGAAGAUCCAGAUCGCGAAUCAGAUGGUGGAGCUGGUGGAGAACCGCAACACGCAGUUGGACAGCCACGUGGAGCUGUUGGAAGCCCACCAGGCCACCAGCAGCAAGGAAGGCCAGGACAAGUCAAAGAGUGAGGCACAGGCAGUUAAGCCGAAGAAGCGGUCCCGUGGGCAGCGGAACGACGACGACAAUCGUGAGGACGAGUCGAACGAUCAGGACCACGAUGACACCUCCUCAGGUACGCCCAAGGAGAAGAAAGCGAACAUCUCAAAGAGGAAACGCUCCAAGGCCAAAGCAGAGAGUGAGGCGGCUCCCGCGGACCUCCCCAUCGACCCCAACGAGCCCAGGUACUGUCUGUGCAACCAGGUCUCCUACGGGAAGAUGAUCGGCUGCGACAACGACGAGUGUCCCUUUGAGUGGUUCCACUUCCCUUGUGUGGGUCUCAAACGUAAGCCAAAGGGAAACUGGUACUGCCCCAAUUGCCGGGGGGAGAACGCGAAGACGAUGGACGAAGCCCUGGAAAAGAUCAAGAAAGAGCGCCUAUAA